AUGCCUACCGAUAUUAGGAGCUUUUUCGGGGCCAAGUCCAGUCAAGGCUCUAGUACUGGGGCUUCGCCCGCGAAGACACCCGCAAAGAAAGAGGAACCUUCUCGCAAGAAGCGUAAGCUUUCUAUCCUGAUUCUAGGUAGCCGGAAGGUAGUGGAUGACAGCGACGAUGAUGAAGAGGAAGUUGCGGUGACGAAAGCACCUACUCCCAAAUCUAAGCCUGCAAGCAAGCCAAAACCCGCUGCAUCACAGGGGAAGGAGACAACCACGUCGGAUUACUUCGCGUCUAGCAAAAAGAGAGGAAGAACACCUAAGGCCGCCAGUAACGCACCUGCGAAAGAGUCGCAACCAGCUCAAGAUAAAUCAUCUAAGCCCUCGAAGCACGACACCUCGCCAGCGAAAAAGCGCCAAUCUCGGGAGACUACAAAGAAGCCUGCGAUUGUUUUAGAUGAUGAUAAAGGCGGAGACGACGAUAUCUUUGCGGCAGACUUCCGAAAGCCUGGAAAAGGUGACGACGAUUAUGUCGAGGAGGAGCGCAGCGAUGAUAGCGACCUGGAGGAACUGUCCGUGAGGCCAGCUACUGCAGCUUCUGGCAAGUCAGGACGCAAAAAGGCAACAUCGAAACUCGACUCAGAUGACGACGUCGUCAUGGAGGAUAUUCCUAAACCUUCCUCGAGAAACUCAAAGUCAGCGACAUCCCAACCGGCCAAGAAGCGCAAAUCCGAGGCUCUCGAUAAAGAUGACGAUGCGUCCAAAAGCCCUGCAAAGAAAGCCGCUGGGCGUUCGAAAGGCACUCCGUCAGCCCCUUCGACCAAGAAGCAAAAAGCGACUCCGAAGGACCAGCCCGAGAGUAAAGAAAUCCAAGACAUUUUCGACAGCAUUCCAACGAUCCGUGCCCCAACGCCUCCACCGAAAGAUGGGCAGGGUAAAUUCAAUUUUGCCGCCCAGGCGGCGCGGUCUACUGAACCCACGGGUGAACGCGCCGAGUUACCAAUCGGAGCUGACAACUGCCUUGCAGGGCUGUCUUUUGUGUUUACCGGCGUGCUUGAUACUCUGGGUCGCGAUGAGGGAGUGUCUCUCGUCAAACAGUAUGGGGGCAGGGUUGUUGGCACUCCUAGCUCCAAAACGAGCUACGUGGUUCUGGGACAUGAUGCGGGUCCUUCGAAGCUCAGGACGAUCAAAGACAACAAUUUGAAGACGAUCAAUGAACAAGGUCUUUUUGAACUCAUUCGACGCCUUCCAGCAAAUGGUGGCGACGGUAAGGCGGCCGGCAAGUACGAGGCUAAAAAGAAGGCAGAGGAAGAAAAGGUCAAAGCCAUGGCAGCAGAGAUGGACAAGGAAGAAAAGCGCCAGGCGAGAACAGACGGCCUCGACAGUCGUAAGGGUGAGAAGGCUUCUUCACAGACUGAUGAUCGCCUUUGGACGACGAAAUACGCACCCACCUCGAUGAACAUGAUCUGUGGCAACAAGGGUAUUGUUGAGAAACUCCAGUCAUGGCUUCGAAACUGGCACAAAAGUGCGCAUUGGAACUUUAAGAAAGCAGGCCCAGACGGUAUGGGUCUUUAUCGCUCUGUCAUGCUCCAUGGUCCUCCUGGAAUCGGAAAGACUACAGCAGCACAUCUCGUCGCCAAUCUAGAAGGGUACGACGUUGUGGAGACCAAUGCCAGCGAUACAAGAAGCAAGAAGCUUGUGGAAACGGGUCUUCUGGGCGUUCUUGACACAACCUCCCUCCAGGGUUAUUUCUCAGGAGAGGGGAAAAAGGUACAGGGUACAAAGAAAAACCUCGUGCUUAUCAUGGAUGAGGUCGAUGGCAUGUCAGCUGGAGACAGGGGUGGUGUGGGUGCCAUGGCUGCUGUCGCCAAGAAAACCCAUAUCCCACUUAUCAUGAUUUGCAACGAGCGAAAGCUCCCGAAAAUGAAGCCUUUCGAUGGAGUUGUUUACGACCUGCCGUUCAGACGCCCGACAGUGGAGCAAAUCAGGGCCAGACUAUCCACAAUCUGUUUCCGCGAAGGAAUGAAGAUCCCACCGCCAGUUCUUGAUAGCCUCAUUGAGGGCACUCAUGCUGAUAUUCGGCAAGUGAUCAACAUGCUUUCCACCGUAAAGCUGGACCAGAAGACACUCGACUAUCAACAAGGAAAGGAGAUGUCGAAGGCCUGGGAGAAGAAUGUGAUCCUGAAGCCGUUUGACAUCGCUGGCAAGAUCUUGAAUGCCCAGAUGUUCUCGCCUAGUUCUAAGGCCACCCUCAACGAUAAGAUCGAACUUUAUUUCAAUGAUCAUGAAUUCAGUCAUCUGAUGGUACAAGAAAACUACCUGAGGACGAGGCCGACAUUGGCUGGCAGCUAUCAAGGCAAAGAGCAGAAACUAAAAUUGCUUGAACUCGCAGACAAUGCUGCUUCCAGCAUCAGUGAUGGUGAUCUUGUCGAUAGGAUGAUUCACGGAACCCAACAACAAUGGAGCUUGAUGCCUACCCAUGCUAUUUUCAGCUUUGUGCGGCCUGCCAGUUUCGUAUAUGGAAACAUGACGGAAAGGCCAUCGUUUUCUGCCUGGCUGGGCCAGAACAGCAAACAAGGAAAACUUGGGCGCUAUAUCAAGGAAAUCCAGGGCCACAUGCGCCUUCGUUCGUCCGGAAAUCGGGAUGAGAUUCGCCAACAGUACUUCCCCCUCAUCUGGACGAAGCUGGUGCGGCGGUUGCAAGAAGAGGGUAAGGAUAGUGUCGAAGAUGUCAUCGAUUUUAUGGACAGCUAUUUCCUUACGCGUGAAGAUUGGGAUGCAUUACUUGAACUUGGCCUGGGGCCGAUGGACGAGUCGACCGUCAAGCUGGAAACACAGACGAAGGCCACUUUCACGCGUAUAUACAACCAACGGACUCACCCCAUGCCUUUCAUGAAAGCCAGCAGUGUGGUGGCUCCGAAGAAUAUGCCGAAGGAGAAGCCUGAUAUUGAGGAGGCGAUUGACGAGUCGGACGAGGAGGUUUUGGAGGACGACUCUAGAGACAACGACGAGAGCGAGGAGCUAGACCUGAAGAAGGACAAGUAUGUUCGCGUGCCGAAAAAGACCCAGAAGGGCGGAAAAGGCAAGAAAGCAAAACAAGCGGACGAUGACGAUGCUCCCGCCGAUGAUAAGCCAAAGAAAAAGGGUCGCAAACCCAAGGCGAAGUCUGGAUAA